AUGUGCCAAGGAAAGAAUCCAACGGAUCCCCAGAAAGAGCGCCAGCUCGGGACGGUGUGUCUUGACGGUCUGGGCAUCGCUGACGGGAGAAUCCCAGACUCUUCCUUUACAGCCUCUUCCUCUGAGAUCAAUGCCGAACCUCACAAAGCGCGUCUGGGGGGCAGCGGUUGCUGGAAACCGUCCAAAAUCCUCGGCAGCUGGAUCCAGGUGAACCUCGGUCAGAACUUCAAGGUGACAGGCAUUGAGACCCAGAAGUGUACAUACCAAGGGCAAAGUUCCAGCGUAUUUGCGAUGCAGUUCAGUAUUGACGGAGUGACUUGGUAUCGCCACCCAAAGCAGCCUUCUGUGGGGACGUAUAUUCUAAACAGGCCCGUGUUCGCCCAGUUCGUCCGCCUCCUGCCAAAGUUUUUGGGCCUACGCUUUGACGUCUUAGGGUGCACGUCUGACGACACCGCUCACAAAUUAUGCAGCAGCACAGCCACCAACCUCGGCCUCGACGGUUCAAUGACGGUCCGGUGCCCACCGGGCUGCGCCCAAGCCGGCUACAUGGUCUACGGAACACGGCUCUACAAACCGGACUCAAACAUCUGCGCGGCCGCUAUUCACUCGGGCGUCAUUGAGAACGAGAUCGGAGGAGAUGUGACUUUGCUGAAGACACUGCCACAGAACGCCUACAACGGCUCCGCCUGUAACGGAAUCAUCUCGAAAGUAUAUGUUAACGAAUUGGCUCCGUUUCCGUCUUACACUUUUGCUGACACGGAGCCGAGAUGCUUGGGACCUGACUGGGAGGAGUUUGCAGACUUCUGCUACAAACGUUUUGAUGAUACAAAGAAGUGGUACGACGCUCAACACUUCUGCAGGAGUCUCGAUGCCGAGCUGGUGUCUAUCCUCUCCGAGGCUGAGCGGGAUUGGCUGCACGACCUCGUGAAGCUUGCCCCUGGAAACACGACGUGGACCGGACUGAACGACCUGGUCAAUCGCGGCAGAUUCGUGUGGUCGGACCGCCAGAAGGUGACCUUCACAAACUGGGCUCCGGGAAAACCUGCCGGCCUGAUGGAGAAUUGCGUGGCCACCUUGAGCCAGUCUGGCAAAUGGAAGAAGAUGUCCUGCAUGGAAUUAAACGGCUACGUGUGCAAGAUGCGCACAGCGCGUUACACGCGGGAUAUAAAAGGCGCCAAUGGAAGUUGCGAGUAA